UGUGUUUCAGCAGCAGGAAGACUGGGAGGAGGAGUCAGGUUUCACCGGCGCUGCUCGGCGGGCGGCAGGUCAGGAGUGGCGGGGAAGACUGUUGCCUCCGUCUGUCUGUCUGGUUAGCAGCAUCCUGACCCUCUGGAGCAGGAGCCUCCCUAGCAGCAUCUGGCUGGGGGUUGCUGGAGCCUCGCCCGGCGCCGGAGGCGGAGCAGAGGUUCUUCUUUUUAAGUAGCUGUGACACUGCCUGCAAGAGAUUUCACAAUGUGUGGUAUCUGGGCCCUUUUUGGAAGCGAUGAAUGCCUUUCUGUCCAGUGUCUAAGUGCCAUGAAAAUAGCUCACCGAGGUCCUGAUGCAUUUCGUUUUGAAAACGUCAAUGGCUUCACCAACUGUUGUUUUGGUUUCCAUCGUCUGGCGAUUGUUGAUCAAUUAUAUGGCAUGCAGCCUAUUCGGGUGAAGAAGUUUCCAUAUUUAUGGCUAUGUUACAAUGGAGAAAUCUACAAUUUCAGACAGCUGCAAAAGCAGUUUGGAUUUGAAUAUCAAACUUUAGUAGAUGGCGAGGUAAUCCUUCAUCUUUACAACAGAGGAGGAAUAGAGCAAACAGCCUGCAUGCUAGAUGGUGUGUUUGCAUUCAUCCUGCUGGACACUGCAAACAGGAAAGUGUUUCUGGGAAGAGAUACCUAUGGAGUCAGGCCAUUGUUUAAGGUGCUGACUGAAGAUGGAUUCUUGGGUGUCUGCUCUGAGGCAAAAGGUCUUAUCAACUUAAAGCACUCCAUGUCCACUAGUCCUAAAGUGGAGCCAUUUCUUCCGGGACACUAUGAAGUGUUGGAUUUAAAACCAUCUGGCAAAGUUGCAUCAGUGGAACUGGUAAAAUUUCAUAGUUGUAAAGAUGAGCCUCUGCAUGCUGCUUAUGAUACAGUGGAAAAUCUGCCUGCAGGUUUGGAUCUCGAAACGGUGAAAAGCAACAUUCGGCUUCUGUUUGAAAAUGCUGUUAAAAAACGUUUAAUGAGUCACCGAAGAAUUGGCUGUCUUUUGUCAGGGGGUUUGGAUUCCAGUUUGGUUGCUGCGAUGCUCCUGAAACUGAUGAAAGAAUCAAGCAUCAAUUACCCUUUACAAACCUUUGCCAUUGGAAUGGAAGACAGUCCUGAUUUAUUGGCUGCCAGAAAGGUAGCUGCCUAUAUUGGCAGUGAACAUCAUGAAGUAAUAUUUAAUUCUGAAGAAGGAAUUCAGGCAUUAGAAGAGGUUAUUUUUAGCUUGGAGACAUAUGAUAUUACAACAGUAAGAGCUUCAGUUGGUAUGUAUCUGGUUUCCAAACACAUACGCAAGAAGACAGACAGUGUGGUCAUUUUCUCAGGGGAAGGAUCAGAUGAACUUACACAAGGCUAUAUCUAUUUCCAUAAGGCCCCGUCUCCUGAAGAAGCUAUGGAAGAGAGUGAGAGGCUUCUGAGAGAACUCUACAUGUUUGAUGUACUUCGUGCAGACAGAACUACUGCGGCUCAUGGUCUUGAACUGAGAGUCCCGUUUUUGGAUCACCGGUUUACUUCUUAUUACCUAUCCCUGCCAGCAGAACUCAGAAUCCCAAAGGAUGGAAUUGAAAAGCAUCUCUUGAGAGAAUCGUUUCAGGAUUCCAACUUGCUUCCGAAAGAAAUACUCUGGAGACCCAAAGAAGCCUUCAGUGAUGGUAUAACAUCUCUCAAGAAGUCUUGGUUUUCAAUUCUCCAAGAGCAUAUUGAUCUCCAGGUUGAUGAUCUUCUGCUGGAAAAGGCAGCAGAGAAAUUUCCUUUUAAUCCUCCUAAGACUAAAGAAGGUUACUACUACCGUCAGAUCUUUGAGAAGCACUACCCCGGGCGCGCUGAUUGGCUCUCUCAUUACUGGAUGCCAAGAUGGAUUGAAGCUACUGAUCCUUCUGCUCGCACGUUGAAGCAUUACAAGUCAGCUACCAAAGAAUAAGCGUUCCAGUAAUUUUGAAACAGAAAUUGCUUGUUGCCAAAUGGCUCCAUCUGCACUAAAGCUGGGCAUGCAACCCAAUAGUCUAAAAGAUUAUUCAAAAUGGAUUUGGACAAUGGUAUUUAAGAUGAAAGCCCUUUAUAGCCAGUAUAAUAGUGUGAAAUUCACUCCACGGCAGAGGGCUUGCACAAGGACCUCUGCCUCACUUAAACUACAGUUCUGGUCUGAAAAACUACUGUGUGAAAAGGGCACCAUCGUGCUUAGCAGCUCUGCCCCUUGUUCAUACUCAGACUGGCUGACUUCAGUUACAAACAUACAUGUAUUUUUAACAAAGCCUCCUUGGAAGACUUGAAUGGCUCAUACGAUGUGCGUUCGCCCGAAUUUCACGUUGGGGGUAUAAAAUGAGCAUUUAUGGACUGGACAUUCUGUCUAGGCUCCUGUCUUUAAAAGCUGUAGCAUUCAUGUGGUUACUGUAGACAUUGGGUAAGAUCUACAGAGAUUUGCAAAUUCCUACAGGUACAGAGAGGCACCUAGUAGAAUUUACAGAAGUGCCUAAGCAAGUUAGGUGCCUCACUAAAGUCAAUGGAAGUUAGGGAUCUAACCUGCGUAGGCACUUCUGAAAAUCCCAAUACAUUCUCACCUGCAAGGGUGGAAGAUCCCAGAGCUCGGGCUGGAGCCUGAGCCAGAAUGUCCACACAGCAAUUUUUAGCCCCGCAGUCCCCGCCAGUGAACCGUGGCCGUGCCGUGGGACUUUUAUCCCUGUGUCGACAUACUUGAAAUAUCUUUGUAGAUCUGGCCUGUCUAUACAUAUAGUGGUAACGGGUUUGAUAUGAGAAUUUGAAGCAUGGAAUAAAAUUGGCCAGUUAUAUCCUUUUGUUUCUAUCUCAAGGGCUUGUUUUUUGAAAGCUGUAUGGGGUUUUAACUUCAUGAUUCCUAUUGAUUCUAAUGUGAGUCAAGUGGCUACACACCUGCACAACAUUUGGGGAAAUGUAGGAGUGAGAAUAAAAAGUGUCACUUGCAAGCGAAUGCGCAAAUAAGUGGAACCUCUGAGAUAUUGCUGGAGCCACCCUGAACUGCUUUCUCAGGCACAACAUGUACGUUGCGAUAGGUUCUGGCUCCUACUCAGCUCUCAUGCUACUCUAACAGCAUAUAGUGGCCGUACAGGAGCCACAACUGGUCAAAGAAGAAUUCACCAGUAAGCAGUCCUAUUCCGCCCCUUUCCCAAGGCCUGGUAUAGUGGUGGAUUGGGGGUAGGUCCGUAGUGCACAGGUCCAUAGAGCCCACAGGCAGCCUAGGAUAGGCUGCAGUGAGUUAAAGCUGCUGUAGGUUGCUAUAAGUUGUGCUGGGCUCUGUUUUGAGUGCCAGAGCAGCACCCCAGAAUCCAGAAGGGUCCCCUUGCUUUAUGCUUUGCUUUAUGUACUGGACCUCUUGGAGACAAAACGCAGAAUCCUACUCCCUAGAAUUCAAUGGGCAUUUUACCUGAGUAAGGACUUCAGGAUUGGACUCCUUCUCUGAAAGAGAAUUUAGUUCUUCCUAAACAAUCAGGUUUUUUUUACAUACCCUUGUAGCAUAGCAAAUGCAUUUCUACACAGUUCACUAUUCCACUAGUAAAUUGUUUGAAUGGGAUGUUUUUAAAAAUGGGUUUUAUAUAAUGGCAAUCAAUAACUACACUGUUUAUGGAUUAGCUGACAAACUCCAAAUUGCGUACUAAAUGUAGAAAAGCUCUUAAGACAGAACUUUUUGAUUUUUUAUUAACUAAAAGACUAUUGAUAUUGCAUAGAAUAUCAGAGAAAAAUGAAUGCUUAAAAUGAAGUACUAGGGUCCUUUGUAAAAUGUCUGCGUGUGUGCUUGUUUUUUUCAGUGCUCAAUUUCUCUUCAGAAAUCUGUAUUGAAAUACCACAGUGGCACCCUGGAGCCCAUGAACAACUGUCUGGUGGCUUUAUGUACAUGGCUGUGUUUUGGCUGACACACAUACACCUCAAGAUUAUAUGGUUUAUAAGAUUA